AACUUCAACGUCCUCGUCGGCGGCAGCAAUGGUCUCAACUUCUCACCAAAUCAAAUACAAGGUGCACAAAUCGGUGAUACAGUGACGUUUAUCUUUGGCGCUAGAAAUCAUACCGUCACGCAAUCGUCAUUUCAGAAUCCAUGCACGUUCAAUGGUGUUGGUGCUGAUUCUGGGUUUUUCCCAAGCACGAAUGACUUGUCUACCGACAACACUGACGGUGCUCCUGUCAUUCAAUACGACAUCACUUCAACGGACCCGCAGUUUUUUUACUGUAAGCAGAGUAUGCAUUGCAUGCAGGGAAUGGUGUUUGAGCUGAAU